CACAGCAACCUCUGAAGGGCAGGUUCCCUCUGUGUACUUGUUUCCUCAGGCAAAAUUAAAAGAGGUUGGGGAUCUAAAGAAACUUUUCAGGGCCCUGAGGAUCAAAUGAAAUAAUUUAUAAAAAAGCAACGAGGUGUACUCCUUUCCUCCUGAGUAAAAACAAUGUGAGGAACAUUUGCUGCGUUUGUACUUUUGCACCUAGCACUUUUCAUAUAUUCCAUUUAAGAGUCACAAAAUCACAACUCUGUGGGGUAGGCAUUCCCAUUUCGGAUGAUGAAACUGAAAGGGAGUGAUUUGCAUACGUCACAUAGAGAGUCAAUGUUAGAGGCAGGAUUAGAACCCUGAUCAAUCUUUAGGGCUGGGCUCUUUCUACUUCCCCACAGUGCUUCCUUGAGAACAGAGGGCCAGUUUGCCUGUCAGCCUGGGCUCUAACCUCAUUCCCUCCUUCCCCUUGAGCCUUUGCACAGACUGUUUUCUCAGCUGGAGACUUCCUCCCUCCAUUCCCUUCCUGUCACCUGGCUAAUUCUACCUAUCCUCCUCAGUCUGAAGGUCCCCUCCUCAAGGAUGCCUUGCCUGACUCCCCACAACUGGGAUUUAGUGCCCCUUCUAAGAGCUCCCUUAAUACUCUGUACUUCCCACGGGCCACCAAGCUGUGAGCUCACUGAAGAGAGGGACCAGGAAUACCUACCUACCUUGCUCACUGCCUGGCACAAAACAUACUUGUUUAAUACAUUCACUGGACCUUGAACAGGUAUUGAGUGCCUGUGCUGUUUGGGGAUGGGUGGGUAUUAAACGGAACAAAAUGUCAGGAUUUGCUCAAUGGGGAGCACCUACAGGAGAUGAGCAGGAAACAGAACAGGGUGAGGAGGAGGUAGAGUUAUACCCACACACACACUGGGUCUCUGUGAGGUAGCCUAAAUCCCUUGACCAAAAGCUACAGCUCCUAUCAGGAGAUACUUUGUGCAGGUUCCAGAAGCUUCCCAGCCUUGAAGACCUUUUAGAGGUAAAGGCUCCCUGGAGUUGGUAGCCACGUGGCACGUCUCUAUCCCUUGUGUGAGUCCCUAAACACUGUUUAUGCUUUUGCAAAUCAUUUCUUUAUUAGAAUCUCCUCAAAUUACCAAAAUUGAGAGCGUGCCAUCUGUUUCCUGACGAUACUAAUCGGAAACAGCUUAACAAAUUUGAAGAACAGGAAGGGUAAUACGGCUGAAGCGGGUAAGCGAGAAAGUGCUACAGCUAAGGCAGGCCCAAGCCCCUCAGUUAGGCAGGGACUAGAUCCUUGCAGCCAUUAGGAAUCUGGGUGGAUGGGUGAAUGGAAGGACGAGCAGGUGAAUGAAUGAAAGCGCAAUACUUACAUUCAUGCAGCCUGUGAUGAGGGGCCUCCUGCCUUCUAUCAGGCCCCAGCCAGGAUUUCCCAACGCUGUUUGUGUUCUCUACCCAGCAGGAUGCUGGAGGGAAAGGAGGCGCCGUGCACGGGGUCCUGCCACGCGCAGCGCGUCCUGCAGACCCUCAACGCGUACCGGCGGAGCGGUACCCUCACCGACGUGGUACUGCGCGCCGGCGGCCGCGACUUCCCAUGCCACCGAGCCGCUCUCAGCGCGGGCAGCACGUACUUCCGCAGCCUGUUCGCGGCCGGGCGGCCGGAGCGCGGCCUGGCCUUGGUGCCGGUGGUGCCUGAGACACUGAGCGCGGGACCGGAAGGGACUGCAGCAGCGCUGUCUGUGGUGCUAGACUACGUGUACGGCGCGGGAGUGCGGCUGUGCGCGGAGGACGAGGCCGCCGCCGUGCUGGCGCUGGCCGGGCGGCUGGGCGUGGAGGGCCUGCGCGAGGCCUGCGCACGCUUCCUGGAGAGCCGCCUGCGAGCCGCCAACAGCCUGGCGCUACGCCGCGUGGCCACUGCCUUCUCGCUAGCCUCGCUGGCGGAGCGCUGUGGCCGCGUACUGCGCCAGGCCUUCACCGAGGUGGCGCGCCACGCAGACUUCCUGGAGCUGGCGCCGGACGAGGUGGCAGCGCUUCUGGCCGACCAGGCGCUGGGCGUAGCGCGCGAGGAAGCCGUGUUUGAGGCGGCCAUGCGCUGGGUGCGUCACGACGCGCCGGCCAGACGCGGGCAGCUGCGGCGCCUGCUGGAGCACGUGCGCCUGCCACUGCUGGCGCCCGACUACUUCCUGGAGAAGGUAGAGGCUGACGAGCUGCUGCGGGCCUGUGGCGAGUGCCGUCCGCUGCUACUGGAGGCGCGUGCCUGCUUCAUCCUGGGCCGAGAGGCCGGCGCGCUGCGAGCCCGACCGCGGAGAUUCAUGGAUCUCGCUGAAGUGAUCGUUGUCGUUGGUGGUUGUGACCGCAAGGGGCUCCUGAAGCUGCCCUUCGCAGAUGCCUACCACCCGGAAAGCCGGCGCUGGACCCCACUACCCAGCCUGCCUGAUUACAGGCGUUCAGAGUUUGCCACCUGUGCUCUCCGCAAUGACAUCUACGUCUCUGGAGGCCACAUCAACAGCCGUGAUGUAUGGAUGUUUAGCUCCCAUCUACACACCUGGAUCAAGGUGGCCUCACUGCACAAGGGCAGGUGGAGGCACAAGAUGGCCGUCAUGCAUGGACAGCUUUUUGCCGUGGGCGGCUUCGAUGGCCUGCAGCGCCUGUGCAGCGUGGAGCGCUACGACCCCUUCUCCAACACCUGGGCGCCUGCAGUGUCUCUCCUGGAGGCUGUGAGCUCUGCUGCUGUGGCGUCCUGUGCCGGCCAGCUCUAUGUGAUCGGGGGUGCCGGGCAGGCUGGCAUCAGCACAGACAAGGUACAGUGCUUUGACCCCAAGGAGGACCGGUGGAGCCUGCGGUCACCAGCGCCCUUCUCACAACGAUGUCUCGAGGCUGUCUCCCUUGAAGAUACCAUCUAUGUAGUAGGGGGCCUCAUGAGCAAAAUCUUCACCUACAACCCUGGUACAGACGUUUGGAGGGAGGCAGCUGUGCUCCCCAGCCCUGUGGAGAGCUGUGGCGUGACUGUGUGUGACGGGAAGGUCCACAUCCUUGGUGGGCGGGAUGAUCACGGGGAAAGCACCAAUAAGGUCUUCACCUUUGACCCUAGCAGUGGGCAGGUGGAGGCCCAGCCGUCCCUGCAGCGCUACACCAGCUCCCAUGGCUGCGUCACCAUUGUCCAGAGCCUGGGCAGGUGACUCAGACUUGGACAGCCUAAGUUGGGAGGCAGAGAAAAGAGGGAGAACUCAGGCUCACUACUCUGCUUCUCGCAUGGCACCUCCAUGGAAAUAGCCCCUUGUCGCUCGCCCCCUUUUUUGUAGAAAUAAAACCUCAUUCAAAGGUUUAGUCUGUGUUCCAGCUCAAGCCUGCUUUUCCUGGAGAAGUAUCAACUCCCUGCUUUGACUCUGUAAAGCACCUUCAUACGUUACCUCAUUUAUUUUCAUAAUAGAAGUGUGGACUUUUUUUUAAAUUAUGAAAUAUUCCAUGCAUAAAAGAAUAUAUAUUUUUUGUACAGUUUAAGAAUAAAAUGUGUUCUUAACACAUAGCUUAAGAAAUAGAACAUUACAAAUGUCUUUUUAAGCUCCAGUGUCUAUUCUCAAACCCAUGCCCUUCCCACACUCCUCCCAGAGGUAAUCACUAUCCUCACUUUGAGAUUAUCAACACUUUUAGCCAGAAAAUUAUUAGUAUCUGUAUUUUACAGAGAAGGCUUUGCUUUGAAAAGGUAAGGAGAAUCACCCAGGGCAACAUAUUUAGUAAGUGGCAGAGUCUUUGAUUCUUAAAAUUUCAUGAAUCCUCAGGAUCAAUGAGGCACUUGUGGUCAAGAUGGUUCUCUCUUUCUAAACCAACCCACUCCAAUUCAAACACCUAAGCAAUGACAGACAAAUUCAAAGCCAGACAACUGAAAAGACAGAGGUAUGGGCUCAUAGGUAAGCAAACAUGACUAAGGACCAAAAACAACAGAAUUGCAAAACCAAGAGGAAAGCACAAGUUUGAGCUCUGGGGUUCAGGCUCUGUGGGAUAAAGGCCUUUAAAAACAAGAUUCUAAUCCAGGCUCAUUGCUAGAAGCCAAGGCCAAGGCCACUCAGGAAAGAAGCUGAAACAAAACAGAACCUGAAUAGCCUUGGGGUCCGAGGCUUACAGCAGAGUGGUAGGCACCAGAGCCAUUGCCAGCCAGGCUCUGCAUCUGGACCUGUGAGACCCCCAAUGUCCAUAGAAGGGCACAAGUCUCUGAUGCCAUUAUAAGCACCUUGGUUGGCCUGUGGCUCUAGGGAUAGCAACAUAAAACUGCCAGAUAAGGAGGGGUGAGGUCAGAGGAUAAAGGGAACAAAAGAUGCCAUAAACAGAUUCUGUGAGGUGGAGGCCCAGCAGUUCGGGUUCUGUGCCUGUAUUUUUAAGGCCCGGACCCGAUGGAAGAGCUGGCCAGACUCCAUCUGGGGCUUCCUCUCAUUUGCACUCAGAUUGCCUUUUGUAGAGCUAUCAUCUGCUCCUUGCAACUCCCCCAGCACAGAGCCAGCCCCCCGCCCCUCCCAUCUUCCAAAGCCCCAGGGCUGUUCUGCAAGAUCUUGCCAGCUGGGGUUGACCCUUCAUAGCCCAGCACAAAGGCCCAGGUCCCAGCUGAGCUCCUACUCUCUGAUUAUCCCAGAUUAAGGAGCCUGUGACCAUCUGGACACAGCUGAUAAUGGCAGAGGGAAGAGGGGAAUGCAGUGGAAGCCUAGCCCCUCAGAACCUGCCUGCUCCCACCCCAUGGUUAACACCCACUACAAAUCAAAGGUGGUGCUAUAUGGCUUGCCUA